AUGGGGAAGAAAGGUGGUGGUCUGUUUAGGUAUGCCGAUGGCACAGACAAGUGGCUGAUGGUGUUUGGGACAUUCGGUAGCAUUGGAGAUGGGCUGAUGACUCCACUCACCAUGCUGGUUCUUAGUCGUUUGAUCAAUGAUUUUGGAGUGGCUGACACUUCUUUCUCCAAUAAUGUUGUAGACAAGUACUCACUUAGAAUGCUCUAUGUAGCCAUUGGGGUUGGAGUAUCUGCUUUCAUUGAAGGAGUUUGUUGGACAAGAACAGCUGAGAGACAAACGUCUAGGAUGAGAAUGGAGUACUUAAGAUCAGUACUAAGGCAAGAAGUUGCCUUCUUCGACACUCAAUCGACAUCUUCUCAUACCUUCCAAGUUAUUUCAUCGGUCUCUUCUGAUGCUCAUCUAAUCCAGGACACCAUGGCAGAAAAGAUUCCAAAUUUUCUUGCACAUCUGUCAUCAUUUAUGUUCUGUUUCCCAAUUGCUUUUAUGCUCUCUUGGAGGCUUUCAGUGGCAGUUUUUCCAUUCUGUCUCAUGUUUGUCAUUCCAGGAGUUGUAUUUGGCAAGGUACUGAAAGAGUUGGGGGCCAAGAUAAAGGAUGCUUAUGGAAAUGCUGGUGGCAUUGCAGAACAAGCAAUCUCAUCGAUUCGCAUUGUUUAUUCAUAUGUUGGGGAGAAUCAUACUAUAACUAAGUUCAGCAAAGCACUUGAAAAAUGUUCUGAGCUUGGCAUAAAGCAAGGUUUAAUGAAGGGAAUACUGAUGGGGAGUAUGGGAAUGAUUUAUGCUGCUUGGUCUUUUCAAGCUUGGGUUGGAAGCUUGCUUGUUGCUGAGAGAGGAGAAAAAGGUGGCUAUGUUUUCAUCUCUGGGGUCUGUGUAAUUUUGGGAGGAGUGUCUGUAAUGCUUGCGCUUCCAAACCUAUCUUUCAUCUCAGAGGCAUUGAUUGCAGCCAACCGAAUAUUUGUGAUGAUUGAGAGGGUUCCUCUCAUUGACAGUCAAAAUGAAAAGGGGAAAGUUCUGAAAAAUGUAAACGGAAAUAUUGAGUUUAGAGAUGUUGACUUCAGUUAUCCAUCAAGGCCUGAUACUCCAAUUCUACAAAGAUUUAAUCUCAAGGUGAAAUCUGGUAAGAUGGUUGGUCUUGUUGGAGGCAGUGGUUCUGGCAAGUCUACUAUCAUUUCUUUGCUUGAAAGAUUCUAUGAUCCAGUUAGAGGACACAUUCUUCUUGAUGGGAAUAAACUAAAGACACUCGAGAUAAAAUGGUUGAGAUCCCAAAUGGGGUUGGUCAAUCAAGAACCAGUCCUUUUUGCAACAUCCAUAAAAGAAAAUAUUUUGUUUGGCAAGGAAGGAGCUUCAAUGGAAGAUGUUAUAAAUGCAGCUAAGGCUGCAAAUGCGCAUGAAUUCAUUGUUAAACUACCUGAAAGAUAUGAUACUCAAGUUGGACAAUUUGGAGUUCAAUUGUCUGGAGGGCAAAAGCAAAGGAUUGCUAUAGCAAGAGCCUUAAUAAGGAAUCCAAGAAUACUUCUACUAGAUGAAGCUACAAGUGCUUUGGAUGCUCAAUCUGAAAGAGUUGUGCAAGAAGCGUUGGACAAGGCUUCACAAGGAAGGACAACAAUUGUCGUUGCUCAUCGGCUUUCCACAAUUCGAAAUGCUGACAUGAUAGUAGUUCUUCAAUCUGGUAGAGUGGUUGAAAUAGGUUCUCAUGAUGAGCUGAUUCAGAGAAAAAAUGGAACAGGAGGUGCAUAUAGCAAAAUGGUCGAAUUACAACAAUCAUCGAUGCAAAACGAUGACACUUCCAAUAGUUUUUAUCAUCCAACAGAAGGUAGAAAACAACACAAUAUGAGGAGUUUCUAUAGCCCCUUGUCACCAGUAGAUGUUAGAUCAAGCUGGCAAAAUAGCCCUGCAGCCACUCCAUUCAGUCCAAUAUUUUCAAUGAGUGUCACUAGUUCUUUCCAAAUGAGCCAAUAUGAUGACGAUCACAAUAAAAGCUCACAAAAUGAUCCAUAUUCUUCUCCAUCCCAGUGGCGUUUAUUGCAAAUGAAUGCACCUGAGUGGAAGCAAGCAAUACUUGGGUGUUUUGGGGCUGCUGGAUUUGGAGCUAUUCAGCCAAUUCAUGCCUAUUGCUUGGGAACUGUUGUUUCAGUUUACUUUCUAAAAGACAGCUCUCAGAUCAAAUCACAAAUGAAAAUGUAUUGCUAUAUAUUCUUAAUCCUAACUGGUUUAAGUUUCAUUACAAAUCUUCUUCAGCAUUACAACUUUGCAGUCAUGGGAGAGCGUUUAACGAAAAGAGUGCGUGAAAAAAUGCUCGGGAAAAUGCUCACCUUUGAGGUAGGUUGGUUUGAUCAAGAUGACAACACAAGUGCAGCUAUCUGUGCUCGACUAUCCAAUGAAGCAAGCAUGGUGCGUUCCCUCAUUUCAGAUCGCAUAUCAUUGCUGGUUCAGGUUUCCUUCAGUGCCUCUUUAGCUUUUAUCAUUGGAUUAAUAAUCACAUGGAGGGUGGCCAUUGUAAUGAUUGCCAUGCAGCCUUUACUUAUUGGGAGCUUCUAUUCAAAGAGUGUUCUAAUGAAAAGUAUGUCUAGAAAGGCCCAAAAAGCACAGAGCAAAGGCAGUCAAUUGGCAAGUGAAGCUGCCAUCAACCAUAGGACUAUAACAGCCUUUUCCUCUCAAAAUAGAGUACUAGACCUCUUUGGGCUUUCAAUGGAAGGUCCUAAAAAGGAGAACAUCAAACAAUCAUGGUUUUCUGGUAUUGGGUUGUUCACUUCUCAGUUUUUGACAACUGCUGCUAUAUCUUUAACAUUUUGGUAUGGUGGAAGACUCAUCAAUAAUGGACAAGUGACCUCAAAGCAUUUGUUCCAAGCUUUUUUCCUCUUAAUUAGCACAGGUAAAAACAUUGCAGAUGCAGGAAGCAUGACCUCUGAUUUAGCCAGAGGUGCAAGUGCCAUCAAAUCAAUAUUUGCAAUCUUAGACAGGAAAAGUGAGAUUGAGCCUGAAAACCCCAAAGCAGUUAAGAAUACCAUCAAAGGAAAAAUAGAGUUAAAGAACAUAUUUUUCUCUUAUCCAGUUAGGCCUGACCAGAUGAUUUUCAAGGGCCUAACUCUCAAGAUAGAAGCUGGAAGAACAGUGGCUCUAGUGGGACAAAGUGGAUCAGGAAAAUCUACUGUAAUUGGACUAAUUGAAAGAUUUUAUGACCCACUAAAAGGAUCAGUCUUGAUAGAUGAACAAGAUGUUAAAAACUAUAAUUUGAGGAAGUUGAGGUCACAAAUUGCUUUGGUGAGCCAAGAACCUACUCUCUUUGGAGGUAGCAUCCGUGAGAACAUUCGAUAUGGUGAAGAAGAUGCUUCAGAAGUUGAACUGAGGAAAGCUGCAAAACUUGCCAAUGCUCAUGAAUUUAUAAGCUCAAUGAAAGAUGGCUAUGACACAUAUUGUGGAGAAAGAGGAGUUCAGCUCUCAGGAGGACAGAAGCAAAGGAUAGCUCUCGCAAGAGCAAUACUGAAAAACCCGAAAAUUCUUCUCUUGGACGAGGCAACGAGUGCUCUUGACAGCGCAUCGGAGAAUUUAGUCCAAGAAGCAUUGGAGAAGAUGAUGGUUGGGAGAACAUGUGUGGUUGUGGCUCAUCGUUUGUCCACCAUACAAAAGGCAGACACCAUAGCAGUAAUAAAGAAUGGGAAAGUUGCAGAACAAGGAUCACAUACUAAUUUGCUUGCUAUUGGGCAUCAUGGUGCCUACUACUCUCUUGUACAGCUACAAAAUCUUCACUCACAAAACUGA